AAAACAAGCAGCACUUGACUGCAAUCAACUGACAAGACACCAGAUUGGUACAAAAGCGUGUCCUGUUUUGUUGGAAAGAAAUCCCCUCACUGCGACAAUUUGAGGACCGGUUUGACACUGAUUUAGUAGAAAACCUUGGCACAGAUUCAACAUUUUGGUAACUAUUACAAUCCACUCAGAGAUGGUCGGAUGAAGCCUGGUGAGGCAUUGAACCAAUUGAGCCAAUUGGUUCAAGAAAGGGUUCAUUUCUCGAAGCUUCAUGUGAGCACGGUACCCCCUACUGGUACUGGUAUGAUCACAGUCAGUUGUCUCAACCAACUGAGUGAUUUGACUUAUUGUGUGUUGGUGUGUAUCUGUUAGGAGGGAAUUCAUUUACAAAAUAUUGUUUGACCAAAUCCUCUAUGUCCAUAGAUGAUCACAUAUGCAUAUACAGUGCGGUGAUCCCUCACUUAUCGCUGUUAAUGGGGACAGGAACCGACCGCGCAAAGUGAAAAGCCACAAAAUAGUGUCACCUCCCCCACCACCCAUUGUUAACAUACAUUUUCUUGUGUGUAUCUACAAUAUCGAUAACUGUAUAUAAAAUCUUAAAAAUGCAUGUUAUCAUUACAACAUUAAAUAAUAGUUUGAAAAAUAAAAUAAUGUAGGUAAACAGACAUAAAAUAAUCUUCAAAUAAUAUAAAUAAUACUGUAUAUGGCGGAAAACACUCAGGUGACUUGAAGUUCCGCUCUGAGAACCCCAAUUUGGCCAAAUUUCAAAAUUGUUCUAUAUGCAUGUGUAAUACACCAUUGGAAAGCUUAAAAUCUGUAUUUUCUGGUGGAAGAAAAUUUUUGAACAGGAGGGCAUUCUUGGGGGACAAAAAAAAAAAAAAAAAAUUUAAACCCUGAAACCCUAACUCGAGGUGAGAGCAUGAGAGAGCAUAAUUAAAGACACUAUGAUUUUAACAAGAUAUUAUUGCAUACUUACCUUGUUUUGAUCCAAAAACUCAGUGUAGCAUAUCUCACCGAGUGUCAUGACACAGCUGUGAAUGGCCACAGCUGGACUUUUUGGGGAUUUUAUGAGUGAAACAUGGUAUUAUAAGAAGGGUCACAAUUCAAAAAUCGCAGACAUCAAGGAGUGGUCGAGUUUUUCUUUUUCAUAUAUUUACCCUUUUAAUUUUGGUUUUUUUUCUUUGUUUGGAUCGAUUAUUUAUCACCUAAAAUAUCAGGGGAAUGCGACAGUAACAAAAAAGAAUACAAUUAAGCGAUAGUUAUGAGGUAAAUAUCCGUGACCUAUUUACAGACACUAUUUUUUUCAUUGUGACGUAAUUCAUUUAAAAAUUUAAAAUAUGCGAGUGAAUAAUAAUAAAGUCGUUUUUUUAAACUAAAUAUUCGACAUCAAUUAAUGAUCCUAAGCUAAAAAUGAUAGACAUUUCAAAUAAUAAAUAUAAUUACUUACCUUCUUUUUGUGGCUGGGUUGAAACAAAAGCGGUUGCGCUGUGUCUGUUAACGGGGGUCUCCAGGGGAAAAAUGGACAAAUUAAAAAUAGGUCAGGGGCUGAAUGUGCCAUGAAACUGCUAUGGCAGCAUAUAGACAUAUUGUUCUAUCAAACACAACAGUUUUUUGGCUUAAAAUACAGCAGUUUAUUUUAAAGAGGGCUGCAAGAGCAGAAACUGCUUUUUUAGCCUUGCCUUGUCUGUGUUUUCCGCCAUAUGCAUUCUCUCACAUGAUACAUGUUUAGGGGGUGUGCAUGAAUACAUGAAAGAAAAUCAAGUGUACAUAAAUAUGUUUUUAGAAUUCUUUUAUUCCUAUAACAGGAUUAAGAAAAUCUGUGAUGUACUGACUGUUUGAAACUUGAGCCGCGAAGUAGCGAGGGAUUACUGUAAUAAAUAGUGUGUAGUGUGUGCGUGUGAUUUGAGUCCCCUAAUGGUAUCAUAAUAUGACGGGUUUUGCACAUUUUUUUCUGAAAUUGGCAUGAACUUGAUCAGGCAGAGGGCAGUCAAAGUGUAAUUUGAACAUUAGUGUACAGGAUGGGGGCGGGGUUUAAUUCAUUUUUCAUUCAAAAACAAAAGCUUUUCCACACGGCGGAAGUUCUGUUUCUUCCUGACUCCAUUCUAUCAACUACUGCACUACUUCUUCAACUAUCCAUACUAUCACCUAAUCGCAACUUUCCUUUAAACACCCACAUUUUGAAUGUAGCCAGCGGUAUUCAUGUAUUAUAGCAAACUGUCAAACCGCGCGGCAAAAUCUAAACACGUCCUUAACCAAUCACGCGGUACAGCUGCAGACGUCAUCGUUUUCGCAACCUCCCCUAAAUGAAGCGAGACUGUGCUGUUGUAGGUGUGACUGAAUAAUAAAAAUAAAAAUAAUAAUAAAAAAAAAAAAAUUAAGCGAGCCUCGGCACACACUUCGCGGAAACGCCCUUUCAUUAUUUGACACACACUUCGAAGGCACUGUGCACCUCGUUAGAUCAGAUUGAGUCCAGACUCCAGUAUAAAAAAAAGUUAACCUCCCAACUGAAUUUAUUUCAUGUAUAAAUGUAUGGAGGAAGUCGGCGUGAAGUCACGAUGACGUCACCUCACUUAGCAACGUGUCGCUAUUUUGUCAAGGGGGAACGCACAGCUAAACAUUCCAUAGACAAACGUCUGAAAUUAAUAUAUUUUAGGUGUGUUUUGCAUCUUUUUUCCUAAAAACGUCUAAAACGUGGCUUACUAUUAUGAAGAGUCACUGCCAAAAGACGCGAGGAGGCGAUGCAAUUUAAAAUGAGCGUUUAUUGGCUUACAAAGCUGCUGAUACAAAGUCGCAGCUGAUAGCUAGAUAAACAAAGGCAUGGCCUGCAGUGGAGUUCGGAAACAUCUACAACUACCUCAUAAAGUCACCCAGUAAGUUGACCUUUAUCAUUUACGUGGAAUAUAUACUGUGUGGAACUGAGAAAAUUUGUAGUAUACUGUAUACGAAGUGAUUAUUUCUGCCGUAACCGGUAAUUCGCUUCCACGCGUUAUUUAGCCGUAAGCACGUCACGGCAAAAUGACCAAUUCCCACCAGACCAAUAAUAUACCGAUUGACUAAUCAGAGGAGUUCAUGGCAAAAGAAAAAUAACGCUUUGCGAGUUGCCGGUUACGGUAAUAAUAACCACUGCCUAGUCUAUUGAAUCCUGGCAGCUAAUUGGGGCAAAAAUUAAAGUUUACUUACCAGUAAUAAAAUGUCGGCUGCAAACGUAAAUGUGCUUGGAUUUAGGUUCCCAAAGGCGAAAAUAGUCCACGGAACAGUCUUCUUUUACUGUUCCUCGAUUAAUUGCUCUCAACCGUUUGUUUCCCCUUUUCUUCUCACGUGGAAGAAUGAAAAACUUCAAAUGCGGCUCCGAACUCUUCCUUGUGUGACAACCCGCAACACGGCAACUUUUAAUCAUUCCGACGGAAAAAAGACCGCAAAUAAAAUGAAAGUUAAACGCGUUAGUAUUACAAUGCACGACAGAGCAACUGCUUGUGACUCGUCUUUUGCCCCAUUGUCAAUAUGGCGACGCUUUGUUGUGGCUGGGGACGUCAUUAAAUGCCCGGAUGUCCGACUUAACUCAUAUAAUCAGCAGCUCUGUGAUUUUUACAUCAAAUAAAACCAGUUCUUUGUAAAAGAUCGUUGUUAUGUUGCUGUGUGAACUAAUUCCGUAAUUUGCAACUUCAUUAUUGCAACUCCUUUGUGUGACUUCAGAGAUCAUUAAAGUGUUCUGAGGGAAACUAUGCCAUUUCACCUAACUGGUCUAACAUGUAUUCACUUGUCAGAUAACACUUGGUUAAACAAUAUAUUCCAACAAUCAUGACUGAAAGGAAAAGAUGUGUCAUGUUUCUACCAUGGAUUAGGGUUCCAAAUUAUGGUUUCAAAUUGGAAUUUGGGUUUGAAACAAAGGUUGAAGCAGUGUGUCACCCCCAUACUGUCAUUCAUAUUUAUCCUUGUUUUCUUCAAAACAAUAAUUGUGAACAUGUAUACAACACCAACUUGGCCAAGCAGUACAUCACAAAACACAGUACUGCUACAGCGACAGUGUAUGGGUGGUAGUAAGAAUUCCCGAUUUUUGUAAAAGUCAUCGAACGUAUCAUAGCGACGUCAGGCACGCGCCUCUCGGUUUGUCACGCAUACUUUGCCGAUCUCAGGUCAGUUUCGCUGCUUUGGCGCGUACCGUACCCUUCUUCUUGAAAGCAGUAACAACUGUGACUGGAUCAGUCACGUGAAGCGGAAACGGGAAGUCAAACACGGUCUGGCGGGACAGUAGAAGAUUGGCGCCUUCGGCGGGCAUAAUUCGGGUGUCGCUGUCGGAAGAAGAAGGAAUACGUCCAUUCUCCUAAGUGGAACUCAGCAAAAUUUUGACCAAAGUCAUAUAAUUUUCGCAGACAUGAUUACGUUAUCGGAAGGUGCUAUAGAGGCUUUGUGCAGUGGAAACGGUGGCAACGACGCCGUUCUCCAGUUGUUGAGUAUCAGAAAAAUUGAUGGUGGAAGUGGUCCCGCUCGCUUUCGUGUGAUGAUGAGUGACGGACGACACACCAUGUCAUCUUUUAUGCUUUGCACGCAACUCAACUGCAUGGCUGAAGACAACAGACUGGCAUCCAACUGCAUUGUGCUUCUCAAGAGACACGUGACCAAUGUUCUCAGAGAUGGACGACGUGUGGUAAUUAUUAUGGAGCUUGAUGUCCUCAAGCCUGCUGAAGGAGUUAAUGGCCGAAUUGGAAACCCUACCGCUUACAGUGAGGGACUUAAUAAAGCCCCCCAGCAAGCUCCCCCUCCCACCACCCCCGCCGUCCCUGCCAGCCGCCCCCCACUUCAGGCUCAAACAGGAAAUGAAUCACCCGCCUCCUUCCUCCCUCCAGUGAACCGAACGGUCAGCAAAGAUUUCGUGAAGAAGCCUGCCGUGGCCGCGCUGCCGGGGGGGCCCGCCAAAGUCGUGCCUAUCGCCAGCCUUAACCCCUACCUUUCAAAAUGGACUAUCCGCGUUCGCGUCACCAACAAGAGCAACAUUCGCACAUGGAGCAACUCACGUGGUGAUGGAAAACUUUUUUCAAUGGAGAUUGUCGACGAAAGUGGUGAGAUCAGGGUGACCGGCUUCAACCAAGAGGUGGAUAAAUAUUUUGAACUCAUCGAGGUUGGCAAGGUGUACUACAUCACAAAGGGCUCCUUGAAGGUGGCCAACAAGCAGUACACCUCAGUCAAGAAUGACUAUGAGAUAACGCUGAAUGGGGAGACCUCCAUCGUUCCGUGUGAGGACAACUCCGAUGUCCCCAAAAUGCAGUGCGACUUUAUCUCUAUCGGCGACCUGGAGAAAAAGGACAAGGAUGCCAUCGUGGACAUUAUAGGUGUGUGCAAGAGUGUGGAUGAGGUGACUCGCCUGACCACAAAGACCAACCGAGAAGUGUCCAAGAGGACACUUAACCUGAUGGACACAUCCGGCAAGAUUGUGUCGCUCACAUUGUGGGGAGAAGAAGCGGAGCAGUUCGAUGGCGCCUCUCAACCCGUCGUGGCAGUCAAGGGCGCCAAGGUUUCAGACUUCGGUGGCCGCUCGCUCUCAGCGUCCUACAGCAGCACUCUAAUGAUCAACCCAGACAUCCCUGAGGCGUACAAGCUGCGAGGCUGGUAUGACAAAGAAGGGCACAGCAUGGACGGAGAGUCACUGACUGAGUUGAGGAGUGGUGGCGGUGUGGGAAACACCAACUGGAAGACCUUAUCUGAUGUAAAAACGGAGCAUCUGGGACAUGGUGAAAAGGCCGACUAUUACACCUGCAUCGGCACCAUUGUGUACCUGCGCAAAGAGAACUGCCUCUAUCAGGCGUGCCCAAGCCAGGAAUGCAAUAAGAAGGUGGUCGACCAGCAGAACGGCAUGUUCCGCUGCGAGAAGUGCGACAAAGAGUUCCCCAACUUCAAGUACCGUCUCAUCCUAUCUGCAAAUAUUUCUGAUUACGGCGACAACCAAUGGGUGACUUGCUUCCAAGAGAGCGCCGAGGCCAUUUUGGGCCAAAAUGCAGCUUACAUCGGACAGCUCAAGGACUCUAAUGAAGCCGCCUUUGACGAGAUCUUCCAGCAGGCCAACUUCAACACAUUUGUGUUCCGCAAUAGAGUCAAGUUAGAAACCUAUAACGAUGAGUCCAGGAUUAAAGCAACAGUUAUGGACGUGAAGCCCGUGGACCACAAAGACUACAGCAAGAGGUUGAUCAUGAACAUAAGGAAAAUGGCCACCAAAUAGGAUGCUGCAUGGCACGGUUGCAAUUUUGCGCUUAGUUUCCCCCCCCUUAUUCUUUGUUCUUGCGUGUAAUUCACUUGGCCUAAAACACAGGAAGUGUUCGGCCUGUCUUGAUUUAACACUUCAUGUUUUGUAAGCGCGGUCACGCCAGCACAAGCUAGACAGCGCGGCACAUCUGUUUUAAGUCUACCGGUUGUCGCUUCACGCGCUGUGGUCAUGGCAGGAGCCUCCACCACUUCCAUUUUUCCCCACAAGCUGCAAGAGGCUGUAGUCGCUCUGAUAAGUGUUGUUUAUUCUCCAGUUUUUCUUUUCUGACUCCUAAGCACACUGCGGAGGAGACAUCUUCAUUUGGAAAGGCGUUAAAUAUAUUUUUGAAGACUUCACUUCUAAGCUCAACUUCUGUAAUUUGUUUAGUUGUGUAUUCAAGUCCCUUUUGUUGUGGUUGAUCGAUAUAUUUUGAAUAAUGUUGACAAAAAAAUAAAAGUAACUUCACUUGG